GCGGAAUUGUGAGCGGUCAGUUCACUUCCUUACUUCGUGGGGGAGAGUGCGAGUCGGACUCUGAUUGAGUUAGAGCACCUUUUUGAGGGUCAGUUUCCCAAACAGUGGCGAUUUGAGCACCAUCAGUGGCCGAUUGUCAGUGUUAGAGGCAUCUGAGAGGUUGUAGAUUGAAGUUGGAGGAUUGAAACGGUCAAUCGCGGAGGAAAUACGAGAAGAUGUCGGCGGCAGAGAGACCCUCUACGUCCGCUGCCUCCACCGAACGCGCCGGGGAUCGAGACAGGGAGCGAAGUUCCCAAAAGGACAACAACAUGAAGUUUCUAAAGCAGAACGGCCGGUCCCUCAGCACCAGUGCCAAGAGGAUCCAGAGAGAACUUGCUGAGAUCACCCUCGACCCUCCGCCUAAUUGCAGUGCUGGUCCGAAGGGCGACAACCUGUAUGAAUGGGUGUCCACCAUCCUGGGGCCGCCUGGGUCUGUGUACGAGGGCGGAGUUUUCUUCCUGGACAUCCACUUCUCUCAAGACUAUCCCUUCAAACCUCCUAAGGUGACAUUCCGGACCCGUAUCUACCACUGUAACAUCAACAGUCAAGGUGUGAUCUGUCUGGACAUACUGAAGGACAACUGGAGCCCCGCCCUCACCAUCUCCAAAGUCCUGCUGUCCAUCUGCUCACUGCUAACUGACUGCAAUCCAAGUGACCCCCUUGUUGGCAGCAUAGCCACUCAGUACACAAACUCCAGAGAAGAACAUGAUAGGAUAGCUCGCCAAUGGACCAAGAGAUACGCCACAUAAAGUCACAAAAACUGAAGCCAAUGAAUUUUGCCCAAAUGUACUGUAGCUAGUAAAACGUAAUCUUAGAUGAACUGCUUUAGUUACAUGUGAAUUCUAAUCUGCACACUGUAGAAAAGACUGUCAGAAGAAAUGUAGAGUUUUUGCAAAAUGAAAAUAUAAAGCAAUUGGGUCUUUCAGUAUGUAGCUGUGCACUUAAACUAGAAGAUGUAGACUUAUAGUUGUCUGAAGGUUAGUAAAUGUAUAUGGGAAGAAAGAGAUAUUGUUGACUGUGUGACUUCAAAAUCAGGUGCAUGAAAACUUGCCUAUACAAUGCAGCAGUCUGAAAUGUUUUUUGCUACUCCAAAUUGCCUUUGUCUUCUGCCUUAGAUGUUCGCAAUAUUUCCAAGUUUGCAACAAUGUUUGGGCAGUGAGACAAUUUAUGACAGGUUUGGAAUGAAAUUUGGUUGUUCUGAUAAUUUCACAGGGGAAGCAGAAGAAAGUUGUACAAAUCCUGGAGGGGACAGCCCAUGAAAAUGAAUCCAUGCAGGUUUGAGUAAAGAUUUUGGUCAAGGAUAGAUUCAAAGACUGCAUUUCCUCACCCUAUUUUCAUGUAAAACUAAUGGAAACAGUAUCACAACAGUGAAUGCCUUCAAACUGACUGAUAUCAUCAGAAAAAAAAAUCAUAUUGACAUGCAAUCUGUCAUGAUGUAGCCUGGUUACCAAACCCCAGCCCGAUCUCGAUAUUUGAGGUUGGGGUAUGGUAUCCAAGCUAGUCAUGAUGAUGAUGCUCUUGAGGAUAUAGAUUUUGUAUCCAUGUUAUUAUAUAGUUGUUGUUACGUGUACGCAGUCACUGCAGCCAUACUUGUUAACAAGGGGCAAUCAUAAUAGUGUCUUAUCUCUUAGCAACAACAUUAUUGUGUCACAAAUGUUCAUUAAAAUACAAGAUGUAGAAAAAUAGACAAAACACUAGUCAUUACGAACAUGUGUAGUGUGGUCAUCCAGGGACAUUAGUAGAAUUAUCUUUAUUUAUACUAGAUUUGAGAUAUGCAUAGUAAUGAAUUGUGAGUAUGCCAUUAAUGAAAAGUAACAAGCUUUCUAGUAGUGUAUCUUUGGCCAACUUGCUAGUAUUGCUACCAUUCAGAUAAAAGCUGGACUGUCUAUGUAUGGUGAGAGCAGAACAGUUUGUAGAUUUGAAAGUUUACUAAUGAUAGAAAUGUCACUUAAUUUUAAUCUGCUUAUAUAUUCAUACGGCCCUGAUGAUGGUUGACAUCUGUGCACGCAUCAAUUUUUGGCCUUUUCCAGAAGAUUUUAACCAUAGUGCAAAUCAUACAAAGCAGGAAAAAAAAGGAGCAAAUGUAUGCUGUAGAAUGGUAUUGGGAAAGUUGGAAAAAAAUACUAAAAAUACUAAAUUCCAAAGUCAAAGAAGAAGAUUUAAAAAGAACAAAAAUAAAGAAUGUACUGUAUUCUAUGUGUUUAUAAGUCAUGUGUUCUACCUUUCUGACCACUUAUAUUUCAGUCUUUCUUUUGGGCCAAUUUUUUUUAUUUGUACACUUCCAUCAGUUUUGGGAUUCCCAGAUGAUGUCAUCCAUAUUAUCAAAUCAACGUGGCCUAAGACAGAAAAGACAAUAUUUUUUUCCAUGUAAAGAGCAUUGCAUACACAUGCUUAACAGCAACUACUACUGUAACAGUAUUUAUUCCUAUGUCAUUCUAUUAUUAACCCUUACGGUGCUUUAAGGACUGUUGCAUUCAGUGUCAUAUUGUCUAAACUAAACUGCAAUAAUUGUGGAUUCAUGCCAAGCAGUUUGACUGUAAUGUUAUGUUCUCUUCAGACUGAUGUAUUUAUUGUAAAUAAAUGUUACACAGAAACA